AUGAAUAUAUCAUACGUGCAUGCAUCAGAGGUGACCUCACAAGCAUUUGCUUCUGGUCUCCUAGCCUUGCUGAAUAAACGCAGAUUUGAUUUGAUUUGUUUUGAAACCGGGAACCCCGCCACAACCUCCCACAUGAGUCAUCUGCAACUCUCCUUCCCGUACGGCUACAUCUCAAAGCAGACAUCCAUUGACAGCCAUGUUGGCACGUGGAGACAGCCCUACAGGAUUGUUGCCGGAAGUGGGAGAGUGGUCAAAAUAACGCUCGUGUUUUUUGGCGGCAACUCCAAGAAGAAAGCAGUGAACAAGAAAGAUGGUGAUGAUGAUGAUGAUGGCGAACAUGGUAAUGAUAGUGAGGAUGAGAAUGAUGAUGAUGAUGGAAACUACAACUCCAGAGGGAAAAAACAUUCUCACAAAUUCAAGCAUAAAGAAGAUGAUAAUGACGGCGGAUUUGAUGACGUCACUGAUGACGUAGGCAAUGCGUCACGUGAGGAGUCGGUGUGCUACGAAGUGGGGAGUGUGUGGAGGGGGGGAGGCGAUGUUGAGGAUGGAGAUGGUGGUGCUGGUGAUGCUGCAGAUAGCACGCGCAUCAACAUCAACAACAACAACAACUAUAACAACAUCAACAACAUCAACAACUACAACAUCAACAACUACAACUACAACAUCAACAACUACAACAAAACCAUGACGCUGUGUACGUCGAAGCAGCAUGAACACAAAGUGUUGUACGCGAGUGAAGAUGGCGGAAAUGACGUCAUCGUGCAAAUGAUUGAUGGCACCUACCUGAGGAAGCUGCCUAACUUCAUGUUGCAUUAUGAAGCUUCUAGUUUGCAAAUCACGUGUCAACAGCAGAAGCCUGACGUCAUAGUCUCUAUUCUUGCAUCAUUACAUUGCCACAUCAUCGCAUGA